GUAUAUAUAUAUAUACACACACAUAUAAAAGACACAGGGUGACCUGUGAGAAAGGUGCUGAUCAACAACGGAUCUUGUAGCUAGACACCCACACGCCCACACACGUGUGUUUAUUUCCUGCCUCGCUAACUAAUCGUAUUAUAGUAUUAUGGAGGUAUUCAGCCUACGGUGCAAAUUGGAAUUUGGAUGGAAUAAAGCAGGUGGCACUGAGCUACUUUAGAGUCUGCAUUGACUUUUUCACUCUGUGGUUUACAGGACGUCACUGGCACAAUUGAGCUGCCGCCUUUGCCACCGUAACGACAUUGGCUGCAUUUCCAAACUCUUUUCGUGCGUAAAGCGUUUCGAGACGGUUGCUGGCACGUGAGAGGUGCUGCGCUCGUGCGAGGCCGCUGUUGUUGCUGUAGGUUGGCAUAGCUCUGAUUUUUAAGAUUUACGCCCCAGAAUUCUGGAUUCUCUCACCAGAGGAAGUAGUUUUUCUGUAUCUCUCCCCCUCCCCCAUCGAGUCCCUUUAUCAUUUUAAACCCGUCGAUCAGGUCGCUGCCACUCCGACUAGUGCAGUGUCAGAGAUGGAGUUGCCUCUGAAUGAGAAGCAGGCGGUGCGAGUUCACAGGCGGUAUGUGCUCUCUUAUCUUGUGCCUUGGCAGCCUGUGUGACGUGGAAACCACAAGUGCAGACAAAGCCGGAGACGGAGAAAGCCACAGUUUACGUUCACUCGCAGACAGUUUAGACUGUCGCACAAGGUCUGCUUGUUCUUUCCGGGAGUGUUGAUUAUCCCGACGGACUAAGGGACAGAGGGAGCAGUAUGUGUGACCAGGAGGCUGGGGGCUCAGUGCCUGAUGCCGAACCAGCCUGUCAGCACCACAAGUUCAUCAUCGGCUCUGUGUCGGAGGACAACUCGGAGGACGAGGUAGGGAUGAGCAGCAAGUCGGACAUCCUGGAGGACAAGGAGCGUUCCCUGUCACCCUCAUCGUCCGUCAACUCCGAUGACGUGGGGCUGGGCAACGACGUACUCUCUCUGCACAUGAGACCCAGCAUGUCGGGGCUGCACUUGGUGAAGCAGGGCCGGGAGCACAAGAGGUUCGAGCUGCAGAGGGACUUCACAGUGGCUUCUCCAGCGGAGUUCGUGACCAGGUUCGGGGGCAAUAAAGUCAUCGAGAAGGUGCUGAUCGCCAACAAUGGGAUCGCAGCUGUCAAGUGCAUGAGGUCCAUCCGGCGUUGGUCGUACGAGAUGUUUCGCAACGAGCGGGCUAUUCGGUUCGUGGUCAUGGUAACCCCGGAGGACCUGAAGGCGAACGCAGAGUACAUCAAAAUGGCGGAUCACUAUGUGCCUGUACCCGGGGGCCCCAACAACAACAACUACGCAAACGUUGAGCUCGUCUUGGACAUCGCCAAGCGCAUCCCAGUCCAGGCUGUCUGGGCUGGCUGGGGCCAUGCUUCGGAGAAUCCCAAACUGCCCGAACUCCUGCACAAACACGGCAUCGCCUUUAUGGGUCCCCCCAGCCAGGCCAUGUGGGCGCUCGGUGAUAAGAUCGCCUCCUCCAUCGUGGCACAGACGGCGGGGAUUCCAACCCUUCCCUGGAGCGGCAGCGGCCUCAUGAUUGAAUGGCAGGAGAACGACCCCAGGAAACUCAUAAAAGUGGAUGGCGACCUGUACGAGAAAGGCUGCAUAACUGAUAUCGAGAGCGGCUUAAAGGCUGCGGAGGACAUCGGCUACCCGUUGAUGAUCAAAGCAUCGGAGGGCGGAGGUGGGAAGGGAAUUAGGAAAGUCAACAACCCUGAUGAUUUCUCAAACCUUUUCAGACAGGUCCAGGCAGAGGUGCCAGGGUCUCCUAUCUUUGUGAUGCAGCUGGCAAAGCAUGCCCGGCACCUGGAGGUGCAGAUCCUGGCUGACCAGUACGGCAACGCCAUCUCCCUGUUCGGCCGCGACUGCUCCGUCCAGCGUCGGCACCAGAAGAUCAUCGAGGAAGCCCCCGCCACCAUCGCCCCCUCCCUGGUGUUUGAGGAGAUGGAGCAGUGCGCAGUGAAGCUGGCUAAGAUGGUGGGCUACAUGAGCGCAGGGACGGUGGAGUAUCUGUACAGUCAGGACGGCAGCUUUUACUUCCUGGAGUUAAACCCCAGGCUCCAGGUGGAACACCCCUGCACCGAGAUGGUAGCGGACGUCAACCUUCCCUCCGCACAGCUACAGAUCGCAAUGGGAAUCCCGCUGCACAGGAUCAAGGAUAUCCGCGUGCUGUACGGUGUAGCCCCCUGGGCUGACCAGCCCAUCAACUUCGAGAAUUCGGCCAAUGCCCCCUCCCCCCGGGGUCAUGUCAUCGCUGCCCGGAUCACCAGCGAAAACCCCGACGAGGGGUUUAAGCCCAGCUCGGGGACGGUUCAGGAGCUGAAUUUCCGCAGCAGUAAGAACGUGUGGGGCUACUUCAGUGUGGCGGCGGCUGGGGGGCUGCAUGAGUUUGCGGAUUCUCAGUUUGGCCACUGCUUCUCCUGGGGGGAGAACCGGGAAGAAGCCAUCUCGAACAUGGUGGUGGCGCUGAAGGAGCUGUCGAUUCGAGGUGAUUUCAGGACCACUGUGGAGUAUCUGAUCAAACUCCUGGAGACCAAGAGCUUCCAGCAGAACAGCAUCGACACCGGCUGGUUAGACCGGCUCAUCGCUGAGAAAGUCCAGGCUGAGCGUCCGGACACGAUGCUGGGGAUUGUAUGCGGAGCUCUCCACGUGGCCGACAUCUCGUUCCGAAACAGCGUUUCCAACUUCCUGCAUUCGCUGGAGAGGGGUCAGGUGCUGCCAGCCCACACCCUCCUCAACACUGUGGACGUCGAGCUCAUUUACGAGGGGAUAAAGUACAUGCUGAAGGUCACUCGUCAGUCCCCCAACUGUUACGUGGUGAUCAUGAACAGUUCGUGUGUGGAGGUGGACGUUCACAGGCUCAGUGACGGAGGCCUCUUGCUCUCUUACGACGGCAGCAGCUACACCACCUACAUGAAGGAGGAAAUCGACAGGUACCGAAUCACCAUUGGCAACAAGACGUGUGUGUUCGAGAAGGAAAACGACCCCUCGCUCCUGCGCUCCCCCUCCGCGGGGAAACUGAUCCAGUACAACAUCGAGGACGGGGGACACGUCUUCUCCGGGGAAUGUUUCGCCGAAAUCGAGGUGAUGAAGAUGGUAAUGACCCUGACUGCCCAGGCCUCUGGCUGUAUUCACUAUGUGAAGCGAGUAGGAGCCGUGCUGGACCCAGGCUGCGUUAUCGCCAAAUUACAGCUGGACGAUCCUAGCCGAGUGCAGCAGGCGGAGCCGUUUACGGGGCCACUUGACCCCAUCCAGAGCCUGGCGCUGCGGGGGGAGAAGCUACACAGGGUCUACCACUACGUCCUGGACAAUCUGGGCAACAUCAUGAACGGUUACUGCCUGCCAGAGUAUUACUUUGCCAUCAAGGUGAAGGACUGGGUGGAGCGGCUGAUGAAGACCCUGAGGGACCCCUCGUUGCCCCUGCUGGAGCUGCAGGACAUCAUGACCAGCGUGUCGGGCCGCAUUCCCCCGGCCGUGGAGAAAUGCAUCAAGAAGGAAAUGGCGCAGUACGCCAGCAACAUCACCUCUGUCCUCUGCCAAUUCCCCAGCCAGCAGAUCGCCAACAUACUGGACAGCCACGCUGCGACACUCAACAGGAAGUCCGAGCGGGAGGUUUUCUUCAUGAACACGCAGAGCAUCGUGCAGCUGGUGCAGAGAUAUCGGAGUGGAAUCCGGGGUCACAUGAAAGCGGUCGUCAUGGACCUUCUCCGACAAUACCUGAAGGUUGAGAUCCAGUUCCAACAAGGCCACUAUGACAAGUGUGUGUUCGCUCUGCGAGAGGACCACAAGGGAGACAUGAGCACCGUCCUGAACUACAUCUUCUCCCACGCCCAAGUCACCAAGAAAAACCUGCUGGUGACAAUGCUCAUCGAUCAGCUGUGUGGCCGGGACCCUACCCUGACCGAUGAGCUGAUCGCUAUCCUGACGGAGCUGACUCAACUCAGCAAGACUACCAACGCCAAGGUGGCUCUGAGAGCCCGACAGGUCCUGAUCGCGUCGCACUUGCCGUCCUACGAGCUUCGGCAUAACCAGGUGGAGUCUAUCUUCCUCUCGGCCAUCGACAUGUACGGGCAUCAGUUCUGCAUCGAGAACCUCCAGAAACUCAUCCUGUCUGAGACCUCCAUCUUCGACGUGCUGCCCAACUUCUUCUACCACAGCAACCAGGUGGUGAGAAUGGCGGCUCUGGAGGUGUACGUCCGCAGGGCUUACAUCGCGUACGAGCUGAACAGCGUUCAACAUCGGCAGCUGCAGGACGGCACCUGCAUUGUGGAGUUCCAGUUUAUGCUGCCCACGUCCCACCCGAACAGAGGCAACAUCCCUACGCUGAACAGAAUGUCUUUCUCGUCCAACCUCAAUCACUACGGGAUGAUGCACGUGGCGAGCGUGAGCGACGUACUGUUGGACACGGCCUUCACUCCCCCCUGCCAGCGCAUGGGGGCCAUGGUCUCCUUCCGCACUUUCGAGGACUUUGUCAGAAACUUCCAGGAAGUGACCAGCUGUUUCUCCGACUCCCCGCCCCCAAGCCCCACCUUCCCCGAACCGGGACAUGCCUCCCUGUACGACGAGGACGACAAUAAGAGUAUGAGAGACGAACCCAUUCACAUCCUCAACGUGGGCAUCAAAAUAGACAAUGGCAUUGAUGACGAAGGGUUGGCGGUGAUGUUUGAGGAGUUCAUGCAUUCCAUGAAAUCUGUUCUGAUCGACCACGGCAUUCGUCGUUUGACCUUUCUUGUGGCUCAGAAGGAUUUCAGGAAACAGUGCAACUACGAGGUGGAUCAAAGAUUCCACAGAGAAUUCCCCAAGUUCUUUACUUUCCGAGCAAGAGACAAGUUUGAGGAGGACAGGAUUUACCGGCACCUGGAGCCGGCUCUGGCUUUCCAGCUGGAGCUAAACCGGAUGCGGAACUUCGACCUGACAGCCAUGCCUUGUGCCAACCACAAGAUGCACCUGUACCUGGGGGCGGCCAAGGUGGAGGCGGGGACCGAGGUGACGGACUACAGGUUCUUCGUGCGGGCCAUCAUCCGCCACUCCGACCUGGUCACCAAGGAGGCCUCGUUCGAGUACCUGCAGAACGAAGGGGAGCGGCUGCUGCUGGAGGCCAUGGACGAACUGGAGGUGGCGUUUAACAAUACCAACGUGCGAACCGACUGCAACCACAUCUUCCUCAACUUCGUGCCCACGGUCAUCAUGGACCCCUCCAAGAUUGAGGAGUCCGUGCGGAGUAUGGUGAUGAGGUACGGCAGUCGGCUGUGGAAACUGCGGGUGCUCCAAGCCGAGCUGAAGAUCAACAUCCGCCUGACUCCCACGGGGAAGGCCAUUCCCAUCCGCCUCUUCCUAACCAACGAGUCCGGUUACUACUUAGACAUCAGCCUGUACAAGGAGGUGACCAACUCCAGGACCGGACAGGUCCCCCAUACACAAUACACCAAUCCCUGUGGCAGAGAGGGCAGAGAGAUCAUGUUCCAGGCUUACGGAGAUAAGCAGGGUCCUCUGCACGGAAUGCUGAUCAACACACCCUACGUCACCAAGGACCUGCUCCAGUCUAAACGUUUCCAGGCUCAGUCCCUCGGAACCACUUACGUGUACGACUUUCCGGAAAUGUUCCGACAGGCUCUACUCAAACUGUGGACCUCGAUGGAAAUCCAAGCCCAUUUACCGGAAUGUUCCCUGUCCACCGAGAUCCUGACAUACACGGAGCUGGUGCUGGACAGUCAGGGACAGCUGGUGCAGAUGAACCGACUUCCGGGAGGGAACGAGAUCGGAAUGGUGGCCUGGAAGAUGCACCUCAAGUCUCCCGAGUACCCCAAGGGUCGGGACAUCGUGGUCAUCAGCAACGACAUCACCCACAGGAUUGGCUCCUUCGGGCCGCAGGAGGACAUCCUGUUCCUGAGGGCCUCCGAGCUCGCCCGAUCCAAGGGCAUCCCGCGCAUUUAUAUCGCGGCAAACAGCGGAGCCAGGAUCGGUUUGGCCGAGGAGAUCAGGCACAUGUUUCACGUGGCCUGGGAGGACUCUACCGACCCGUACAAGGGGUUCAAGUAUCUGUACCUCACACCCCAGGACUAUAAGAAAGUCAGCGCCUUGAACUCCGUGCACUGUGAGCACGUGGAGGACAAGGGAGAGUCUCGGUACAAAAUAACGGACAUUAUCGGGAAGGAGGACGGUCUGGGGGUGGAGAACCUGAGGGGGUCAGGAAUGAUUGCCGGGGAAUCAUCGUUGGCAUACGAAGAGACGAUCACCAUGAACCUGGUCACUUGCCGUGCAAUCGGGAUCGGGGCUUAUCUGGUCCGUCUCGGACAGAGGACCAUCCAGGUGGAGAACUCGCACAUCAUCUUGACUGGAGCCGGGGCCUUGAACAAGGUGCUUGGCAGAGAGGUCUACACGUCCAACAACCAACUGGGGGGAAUCCAGAUAAUGCACAACAAUGGAGUGACCCACGCAACCGUCUUUGAUGACUUUGAGGGAGUUGUGAUCAUCCUCCAGUGGCUGUCCUACAUGCCAAAGGACACAGCCAGUCUGGUGCCCAUCCUGAACCCUAAGGAUUCCAUCGACCGGACGGUCGAGUUUGUCCCAACCAAAGCUCCCUAUGACCCACGGUGGAUGCUCGCUGGGCGUCCUCAUCCAACGCAAAAAGGACAAUGGCAGAAUGGCUUCUUUGACUACGGUUCCUUCAUGGAGAUCAUGCAGCCGUGGGCACAGACUGUGGUGGUGGGAAGAGCAAGAUUGGGAGGGAUUCCGGUUGGAGUGGUUGCCGUGGAGACCAGGACGGUGGAGUUGUCCAUCCCAGCAGACCCUGCAAACCUGGACUCGGAAGCCAAGAUAAUCCAGCAGGCCGGGCAGGUGUGGUUCCCCGACUCGGCUUUCAAGACGUCGCAAGCCAUAAAGGAUCUGAACCGGGAGGGUCUCCCCCUCAUGGUGUUUGCCAACUGGCGAGGCUUCUCCGGUGGGAUGAAAGAUAUGUACGAUCAGGUGCUGAAGUUCGGAGCGUAUAUUGUGGACGGGCUGCGGGAGUACAGGCAACCCAUGCUGGUCUAUAUCCCCCCCCACGCCGAGCUCAGGGGGGGUUCCUGGGUCGUGAUCGACCCGACCAUCAACCCCAGGCAUAUGGAGAUGUACGCCGACAAGGAGAGCAGAGGUGGGGUUCUGGAGCCCGAAGGCACGGUGGAGAUCAAGUUCAGGAAGAAGGACCUGGUGAAAACCAUGCGGCGAGUGGAUCCUGUGUACACACGUCUCGCCGAGCGCCUGGGCACCCCGGAGCUGAGCGCUGCAGAGCGUAAAGAUCUGGAGGCUAAGCUGAAGGAGAGGGAGGAGUUCCUGCUGCCGAUUUACCAUCAGGUGGCGGUGCAGUUCGCUGAUCUUCACGACACGCCUGGCCGCAUGCAGGAGAAGGGGGUCAUCACGGAUGUCCUGGAAUGGCCGACCUCCCGCACCUUCUUUUACUGGCGUUUGAGGCGGCUGCUGCUGGAGGACGUUGUGAAGACGAAGAUUGUUCAGGCCAACGGAGAGCUGACAGAUGGGCAGAUCCAGGCCAUGCUUCGUCGCUGGUUCGUGGAGGCUGAGGGGGCCGUCAAGGCCUAUCUGUGGGACAACAACAAGGAUGUGGUGCAGUGGCUGGAGAAACAGCUACAGGAGGAGGAGGGAGCUCGCUCGGUCAUCGACGAGAACAUCAAGUACAUCUCCCGAGACUACAUCCUCAAGCAGAUCCGCAGCCUGGUGCAAGCCAAUCCUGAAGUUGCCAUGGACUCUAUCGUACACAUGACCCAACACAUCUCCCCGACCCAGAGAGCAGAGAUCGUGCGCAUUCUAUCGACGAUGGACACCCCUGCUUCUACAUAGAGGGCAAAGAUGGACUGGAGCCCUAGUCACACAGAGGGAGAGAGACACACGCACACCCACUCAGCCCACAUCACAACGGCCUUACAGAUGGCAAUAUCGAUACCUACAGCCAACCUCUCCAGUAAAUUGGUCAUUGGGAACACUCUUAAGCCAGGCAAGGCAAAAUGCACCCUCCCAAUGCAAUGGUGUGUGUUGUGUGUGUGUAUAUAUAUAAUAUAUAUAGACCAGUGUUUCUGAAGCGUAAAAGGAUGGAUUCUGUUUAACGAAAUGUAAUGGAUGAUGUAACACACAUCAUUGACACUAACUAAACUCAACCUGAGAUCACACCACAUUGUGAGAGGUCAGUCAGUAGUGGUUGUGAAUAGGAUGAUGCCUUAAAAGAUACAGCGUCUCUUCCCUUCACCCAUCCACCUCCCCCCUACCCCCUCCCUUGACCUUUUGUUUUCUGGUUAUGUGUCAAACGUUAGUGAUGUAAUCUGUACACUACAGUCUCUCUGUGAAGCUCACCCGUUAGCUUGUCUGGCUAAGGGUAGGCUGCGACCUCCUGAUUUAAGCUCACCAGCCCCCCCCCCCC